UGAGGGCCUGCUACCGUUUGGAAGGUCAAGUCUUUGCAAGGCACGGGCAUUUGACUUGAUCUCUGUGUCUGUCAGCAAAGAGCCCGCAGGGAGGAUAAGCUUGGAAUGCUUCGGCAGUGAGAGCUGCAGCACAGCAACCGGCGCGCGUCCAUGGUGGAGAGGGAAAGAGACGAGGGAGAAGCAGCCAGGGCCCUGACCACCGGGCCACCGCAGCAGCAGCAGCAGGAGGAGGAGGAGGAGGAGGAAGGAGCAGCGGAGGGCGAGAGCGACGAGGAAGCGGGAGACGAGCGGGAAGAGGAGGAGGAUCAUCGAGACGACGACGAAGCCGUGGAGUGGUCGGAGAUACGGCUCGCCAUCGAGGAGCUGUCCCCGCCGGCCCGUCUCAAGCACGGCGGCGGCGGCGACGAUGGCAAGGCGGCCGCGUCGUCGGUGCCCACUCUGCGCUUCCUGGCGCUGUCGCACCUCCUCCUCCGCGUGCUCGAUAAGAUCGGGCCGACCAUGGCCGUGCUGAGGCUCGACGUCCAACGGAACAUCGAGAGGCUGCAGGAGCUGUACCUGUUGGACCCAGCCAAGUACUCUACCCUAACGGAGGUAGUGGAGAAGGAAGUCAAGGAGGGCACUGCAAGGAAGGUCGAUAGCUGUGCAAGGGCUGUCCUGUGGCUUGCUAGAUCCAUGGACUUCACAAUUGCGCUGUUAGUGAGCAUAGAAGAGGACUCUGAUGAGCAGCAGCAGCAGAGCCUCGCGCAGCUUGUCGAAGCCGCGUACGAGGCCUGCCUGAAGCCAUGGCAUGGCUGGAUCUCUUCGGCGGCGUGCAAGAUAGCGCUGAAGCUCAUCCCUGAGAGGAAGGUCUUCACCAGCCUGCUGCUGGGGAUGGGCCAAGACUGCUCUGAUCUCAAGGAUGAGAUCAGGAGGCUCGCGUUGCUGCUCCGCCCCCUCCUUGAUGACAUCCACUCCAUGAUGGCCAAGUUCAGACUGGACAGGCUCAAGUCGACGUGAUCGAUCCAUGGCGAAGCCCUCAAAGCCAUGGACCCCGUGCUUUGCUCUGUGAAUAUUUGCCCUUGUUUAAUUUGUCGGUGCUGUAUCCUGUAAGAGGUUCCAGCCCAUCACCAUCUUGGAGUUGUAUUGCUAGCUGCUCUAGUUAGACGCUGCUCUGUAGUAGUCUGUACAUAGGUGUUGCUGUAGUUGUAGGGUAUUAGACUGUAAGAUCUGCAUGCGGUGCCUUUUUUUUUCUGUACAAAUUUAUGCCUCGUUCCUUGUUUGGAUCU